AUGGAAUAUAAAAUUAAACAAAUCGUAUUUAUUAAAAUUUCUGCUUUCAUCCUUUUAAUGUGGAUACGUCAAUUUAACAACGAUGUGAACUACAGUAUUGGCAGAAAAUUGGAUACAAUGAUUGAAAAUUAUAAACAUGAUAAGGAUUCAAAUAUUUACAGAUUAAAAGAGAAUAUACAAAACAAAGAAGAGUACAGAAAAAAGGAUAUACUGAAUAUAGAAAAAGAGACAAAAGGAAAAGAGAAAAAAUCAAAUAAGAAUUCAUUAAAUAAGGCGCAAUACUAUACAGAAAUAACAGAUUAUAAAAAUGGAAUUUUCGAUGAAAAGCGUUGCCAUUUUGAAAAAAAAUGGUUUAAAAAAAGGAAUUAUGAUGAUUUUCUUGAAAAAAACAGGAGAAUUGGAGAUAUAUAUUUAAAAAAAGUAAAAUUUAGAAAUUACGGAUUUGGGAUUGUUUUAUAUUUUUUUUCUGUUUGUAUACUUCCAAGAUUAUCAUUUGUGGGAACUGCAGAGAAAUGGUUUGAAGACAAUUUAGUAUUUAAAUAUUUGUAUAAUGUUCUAAAACCGUUGGGAAAUGAAGUGAAUUGCCACAUUUAUAUAGGAUUAUAUAGUGUAAUUAUCAUUGGAUUGGCAGUAAUAGUUAUAAGAGUAAUUUAUAACAUAUUGAGUAGUAAUGAAAAAUAUAAUAAAAUUAAAUUAAUGUAUGAGUAA